AUGCGCAGUGCGCCCGGCCUCUCCGGUUCCUGCGCGCAGUGCCACGUUAGUAGCGGCAGACACAAAAUAGAGGCGCUCCAACCAAGCGAAAUACGCGAAAUCCCGCAGCUACGCGGCUUCCCUUAGCAUCUCCCUUGUCCGUGUGUAGCUCUCAUCGUCUGCGAUCUCCGGGUCUCUCCUUUUUUUUUAAGUCAUCGAAGAUCGGUGGAAGUAUGUAUAAGAUUUUAAUUUUGUGUACUCUGGCCGUGGCUAGCAGGGCUGAAAUCGCCGAAGAGGAUGACGUCCUGGUCUUGAAGAAAAGUAACUUCGACGAGGCGCUGAAAGCUCACCCUAACUUACUUGUUGAGUUUUAUGCCCCCUGGUGUGGCCACUGCAAGGCGCUGGCCCCAGAAUACGCCAAAGCGGCCGGCUCUCUGAAGGCGGAAGGCUCAGACAUCCGGCUGGCCAAGGUCGAUGCCACCGAGGAGACUGAACUGGCACAGGAGUUUGGCGUGCGGGGAUACCCCACCAUAAAGUUCUUUAAAGGGGGAGAGAAACAGUCUCCCAAGGAAUAUUCUGCCGGCAGACAGGCCGAUGACAUUGUGAGCUGGCUGAAGAAACGCACGGGUCCUGCCGCCACCAUCCUCGCUGAUGUCACCCUGGCGGAGUCUCUGAUAGCGGACAGUGAAGUCGUGGUGAUCGGCUUCUUCAAGGACGCAGAGUCUGAAGGCGCCAAGGCCUUUCUGAAGGCUGCUGAAGCUGUAGAUGAUAUUCCCUUCGGCAUUACCUCAGAAGAUGCCCUCUUCUCCAAGUUUGAGCUGUCCAAAGAUGGCGUCGUCCUCUUCAAGAAGUUUGAUGAGGGCCGGAACAACUUUGAUGGGGAGAUGAACAAGGAGAAUCUCCUGAGCUUCAUCAAGGCCAACCAGCUGCCCCUGGUCAUAGAAUUCACUGAGCAGACGGCCCCCAGGAUCUUCGGGGGAGACAUAAAAUCCCACAUCCUGAUGUUUGUGCCGAAGGCCGCCUCGGACUUCCAGGAAAAGAUGGACGAGUUUAAAAAAGCUGCUCAGAAUUUCAAGGGCAAGAUCCUCUUCAUCUACAUUGACAGCGACCUGGAUGACAACCAGCGCAUCCUGGAGUUCUUCGGCCUGAAGAAGGAGGAAUGCCCAGCGGUCCGCCUCAUCACCCUAGAAGAUGAGAUGACCAAGUACAAGCCUGAUAAUGAGGCCCUCACUGCAGAGAACAUCGUCUCUUUCUGCAUGCAAUUCCUGGGAGGGAAACUGAAGGCUCACCUCAUGAGCCAGGAUAUUCCUGAGGACUGGGACAAGAGCCCCGUCAAGGUGCUGGUUGGGAAGAACUUUGAAGAAGUUGCCUUUGAUCCCACCAAAAACGUUUUCAUCGAAUUCUAUGCACCCUGGUGUGGACACUGCAAACAGCUCGCGCCCAUCUGGGAUAAGCUGGGUGAGAAGUAUAAGGACAGUGACAACAUUGUGGUGGCAAAGAUGGACUCCACCGCCAAUGAGAUCGAAGCUGUUAAAGUUCACAGCUUCCCCACGUUGAAGUUCUUCCCUGCGGGAGAUGAUCACAAGGUGAUUGACUACAACGGUGAGAGGACUCUCGAGGGCUUCACCAAGUUCUUGGAGAGUGGAGGCACAGAUGGUGGUGCACCAGCUGGAGAAGAUGAGGAUGAAGAGGAAGAUGAUCUGGGGGAUCUUGAUGAUCAGCAAGAUGACGAUGACGAAUCAGAUGGUGAUGAAGCACAUGACGAGUUGUAAGAGAUGGCUCGGAGGAACACCACCCCACCGUCUCAGCCUCCAUCCCAGUCGCCCUGGCCCUAUACACACCCCACAGAUGAACAUUAGCCCAUACCUUUGCAACUACUGCUCGAAUUGUCAGGUCACAGGGACCCUCAAUUGCCCCCAACUGCCAUCACUCCAGCACCCAUACUUUUUGGCCCAGUCAGAUCAAUCUGCCCCCAAGGAACCCAGCACUGGAAUAGUUCCUGGGGGGGGGAGGGUCUUUGUAAAAUUUCUGCAAUUUAUAUCCUCUAUUGUACAUGCAUCAACCAGUGUCAGUUCUAGACCUUUAUUGCUUCCUUUCAAAGCUUCCUUUGUGUAACCAUUCUGCACCCUUACUUACAUGGGUUGUGAAUGGGACAUGUUGACUAUUUAAUGUGGAGAAGUCGUAAUUCUCCUGAAAGACAGUUCGAAGGCCGAGGAACUCCCUCGUUCACUCGCUCUCUCUCUCAGGGCUAUGAUCAUUUCAUUUGUAAAAUAUGGGCGCCCUGGAUGUGCAGUGCUUCAGUGGGUUUAGUGAAUCCAAACCAUUUCCAUGGGCAUAUGUGAAUGCGCUCCUCAGAGGCCGUGGUCUGGGGCAGUGCUUCCCAACUCUGUCCUUGGGGACUGCCAGACAGUUCAUGUUCUUGCUCUCUCCCAGCUGGGAGGGAACAAAAAUGUAGACCGUCUGGGGAGGGGUCUCUGCAGACCCAGUGGAGAAAUAUCGGUCUAGGGGCAUGAUUUUCUUCUGAACCAAAUGUAUUUUUUUCAUUAGUUUCAGUUUCAGUUUCAUAAUUUAGUGUUCGGUUUUGGUUUUAAAACUAAACUCUGAUCAGUUUAUUGUAAUAUUUUUUUUUUAUUCAUUUUAAUUGGUCUGCUUGUGUACCAGUGUACAUGGCAGGAAUUAUGCCUGCAAGGGGCACCUUUGGCCUCCAUUACUUGGAAACAGGAAACAUGGAACUCGUGUAACUCGGUGCCAUCGGAGAUGGGAUCGUUACUUCAAGCUCGGGCAGCUCCUGGGUGUUUAGAAAAGGCCUCUCCGGCAUUGGGCCAGGACCAUGUCACCCCUGCCCAUCCAUCCCUCAGUCUUUUGCUCUACCUGACACUUGUCCUCGUCUGUCUGGGCUGUACUGUGUUCCUAUGUGGUUGGGGUGACAGGAAGAGUGCAGAUGAAUUAAGCUGUUCUCGUGUUCUGGGGCAGGGUAUUGAAUGUGAUUUUAUUUUAUUUUUUUCUUAUUUUGUGAAUUUCUUGUGGGAGUUGGGGUGGGUAGGGGACUCUGCAAGGCUGGGGGAUGAUUGGGGGAUGAAAGAUAAAGCAUUCCAUCCCAAAUUAGCAUUAACAAACCGGUGGCCAAAUAAUAAAAUAAAAAAUAAAACCAGUGGGCUUUGUUGCUCUUUCUUUCACCUCCUUCACUUUGUAUUGGCAUGUAAGUAUGGUCUUGCGGCGCUUAACAGGGAUACAUUCUGAGAAAUGCGUCAUUAGGCGAUAUCGCCAUUGUGUGAACAUCAGAGUACUUACACGAUGCUAGAUGGUAUAGCCUACUACACACAGAGGCUACAGUAAAGCUCCAUAAGUAGAAUACACUAAGUACAGUAUAGUAAAUUCAUAACCAUGUUUUUAUGCAGCAUUAUGGCCUGUACUUAACUAGGUGCUAUUUUGUAUGAUUGGCAGCCCAGUAGGUUUGUUUACACCAGCAUCACCACUAACACGUAAUGCAAUGCGCUGUGACAGCACUAGGCGAUGGGAAUUUCUCAUCUUCAUUAGUCUAAUCUUAUGGGACCUCUAUUGUUGGCCAAAACGUUAUGCGGUACAUGACCGUAGUUAAACCUGCCUACCUGAGAAAAGGCAGUUUAAAGAACAGUUGCAAUUCUUCUGCAUGUGUAAAAACACUUGCUGACCUGUCUUAGUCCUUAUGUUCAAUGUUCCUUGGCGUGUGGGAUGUGUGUCCCACAAGUGACGCGUUGCAUGUCGUACUCCCCACAAGUACAGCCAAAUGCUCUGUAAAUGAAUUCAUCAUGAAUUAACCAGAAAUUAAUAGCAUUCUUUAUGUGAGGUAUGUUCAUUUAUGACUGCUGAUUUGUAUGUUUUAUGCAGGAUACCUUUGUACACGUCGAUUCUGAAUACAGUCUCUGCAUGUG